CUGGAACAGCCAAAGAGUGUAGCAGCUUGGAAUAGUGGGCCUUUGAUCCUUCACCGUGGGUGCUGUAACGGGAUUACCCCGCCCCGGGAUACGGAAGCAGCUUAUCCAAGUCAGCACUGGACACGCACACCCACCUCAGGCAGCCUGAUCCCUACCAAAUGUUCGGAGCGACGAGCAGUCGGCUCGCGAGUUCCGGUUCCGGUCAGAUUCAACUCUGGCAAUUUUUACUUGAGCUACUGUCGGAUUCGAGCAACGCCGCGUGCAUUACGUGGGAAGGAACCAACGGCGAAUUUAAGUUGACUGACCCCGACGAGGUGGCGAGACGUUGGGGCGAAAGGAAGUCCAAGCCUAAUAUGAAUUAUGACAAAUUGUCGAGGGCUUUGAGGUACUAUUACGACAAGAACAUCAUGACAAAGGUCCACGGGAAGAGGUACGCGUACAAGUUCGACUUCCAGGGUCUGGCGGCAGCGACGCAGCCCGCGGCUGCGGACCCAGCCGCGUACAAGUACCAAAGCGAGUUGUUUAUGUCCGGUUACGGGCACGCAAAGUUGAACCUUAUGCCGCCACCGGCCGCCUCCGUGUCGGUCUCCGUUCCAGGAGGGCUUUUUCAAUCGGCCUCCAGCUACUGGUCCACGAGUCCUGGUGCCAACCUGUACGCGGGACACCACACGGCCUCUGGCCAUGUGCCGCCUCAUUUGGGCACCUAUCCGCACUACGCAUGACCCACCGCCGAGCACUGGGGCGCCCUGGGUACGCCACGUUAACAAGUUUCUACUCGAGGGAAUUUAACCGACCGCCGCCAUCGCGGUCUACGUGUGCCGUCGGUCUGUGGAUCCCGCGAAUAGACCAUACCAGUUUGCAACUGGUUGCAACUGUCCUGCUGCGAUGAUCGGCCAUGUCGUUUCAUCUGUCCUCCUGUAAACUUUUGUUUAUUCGAUACACGUUACAACAACUGUUUGCCUCGAUUGGAUUCUCGUUUCUCUUCAUCGCUCUUUGUUGUUGGCCUGAAAGCAUUGACGAUGUGUUAGAUUAUUGAUAUGAGUUUCAUAUAGUUUUUAAACGUGUGCGUGAAACACGUGUCAGAAAAUGAAAGAUUUGUGAAAGAUAUUAAUAAUUGUGUUUCAGCGUCUGUAUAUACACGGAUCAAAAAUAUUCGUAUAGUAUAAUUCGUGUACAUUAAACUUUGCAGAAAUCACUGUCUCUAAAGAUUUUACAUACUAUAUCACGGUGUAUAUGAGAGACACAAUGACUUUACUCGAUGUAACAUAUGUACAUCGUAAAAAUGCAGCUUUACAGUUCUCUAGUCUAUGAAUGGCAGUGUUUUUUCUUUGAGAAAAAUGGAAUAUUCGUUCAAUGCGCGUAAAAUUAAAAAUUAUGUGAGUUAAUUUUCAAGCACGUAGUACACAUGUAUUUAAAUAACACAUUAAAUAUUCCUACCAAGAAAUAACUAUUCAAUAUUGUUCAAAACAAUAGAACUUUUGCAUUCAUAAUUGGCAAUAGCAAAGUGAGAAUCGUUUCAAAAUCGUGGAUUGAAUAUAUAUAAAUACAUAUAAUAUUAUGAUAGCUUUCUCUCUUGUGCGACCACGACUGCACGAUACAAAUAUUCAGUGACACUAUUUUCGCAAGACUGAACCGUUUUGUUCACGGAGACGUGGAUCUGAUAGAAAGGAAUCCAUUCUUACUGGAUGCGGACUGGUUUCUGCAAAAUGGAACAACACUGAAAUCGUUACAAGUCGAUAUCUUUUAUUUCUAAUUCUAGAUUAUUGGUCACUGAGGGAUAAAAUUAUAAUUCGAAGACAAAAUUAUAAUUUUACACGAAACAAUGAUCUUGCUAAAAUAAAACACUUGUGUACGAUUUAAAUAAUCCGUUAUAGGUUUGUGUUUCAUUCAGUAUCAAGCAAGUGGACAGAUUAAACAAUCCGACUAAUCAGCAAUAUCAUAUUCGCUAUCACGAGCAUUCGAUCUGGUUCCUUGGCAACAAGUAGCGAUUAAUUCGAAUCGCUGACGUAAAAACAGGUGACGAUCACACGCGACCACUCUGCCCCAAAAGCUCUCGUUCACGGCCGACGGUGCGCUCGAAUUAUUGUAAGAACAUUGUACAUACAAUAUAAUGGAUUACGUAAGUACAGGGUACGUUCGCAAGACGAUUCUCAUCACUCGUUUUAUCACGAUGAUAUCCAGUAUACCGUCAUUGGCAAAAAGAAAAAAAAUUUGUGCAAUAAUAGGAUACUGUAGAAAUAUAAUUUAUAUAAUUUACUUUCUAAACAUGAAGAAUCCUCUCGUUUUUAUAUUAUCUAUAUUAUAAGUAUACGUACUGUAAUUCAAUUCCAUUACAGACUUUACGAAGAUCGUACAAAUUUUAGAGAGCAUUUAAAAGUUCAAUCACUUGGCCUGCCCAACCUUUCGAAUUGUUAAUUUACGAUAGAAUCGUUAUCACUCGGAAUUGUUUAGUUUAUUCGAAUGUAAUUUCAAAAUAUUCUAGAUAAUAAUAAAUUCUGUAGUUAACCCCGAAGUUUCAAUUACGCAGUUUUUUAAUAUAUUCGACAUUUAAUUAAUAUUUUAAUAUUAUCGAAACUUUUUUUUAAACAAUCGAUUGACGAUAACGCCGCGAUAAACCGCGUGUCGAGAAUUAUCCUGUCCGAAAGGACGUCGCCUUGUACACGAAUAACAAACCGGCGUACUUCCGUGGAGAAACGUCGGCGUUUCCGACUGGAUGGAAUCGAACAUGCGCAUUUUAACGAGGAAUAUCUCCGUGCAGAGGCGCGAUCAGGCAAUUUCGUGAACGGUUCGUCGAAUCGACCGUUGAUGACAAUGAACCAUUGGCAAGCAUCACGGCGAUCAGCGAUAAUCGAACACAUCCAAAUGAGCUUGAUCGUUCUUAGUUCGCUAAAUGUUUACAUGUUCGAUUCGGGCCAAGAGCAACGCGUGUAUUAUAAACUCUUUUAACUUAUUUGUUACAUAAUGGAGAUGUAGAUAGAGGAACCGCAUGUCGUCGUUCCAGAAGGAAAAAAAUCAGCGCGAAUCACGUUGCACGCGUUGUUGGCGCAAGUUCAAGGAACACGCCAACCAGUUCAUUCAGCGACCAAACACACAUACAUGACAGAAUUUCAUUUGUCUGAAUUUCAUUUAGUUGAAUGAAAUUUGAAUUAAAGUCUACCUUAAUUAUUUCAAUGAGAAGAAAUAGUCAGUGAACCAUUGUCGUACACAGCUGUAAAAAUGAAAAGAAUAUCUAAGAUUUCGGAACAUAGAGAAAUAAAAAUUCUUUUUAAUUAACGAUAGAUCUCGAGAUCAGUUUCAUCAAUAUAGAACUAGGAAAUUUUAAUUUUUAUGAGGUAUUUGAUAUUUGAAUAGGAGAUCUUUUGAACGUAUCUUUUGAACUGUGUACAGAUCAACGUUUUUUAAACAUUCCUUCGAUCAUGGACGAGUCAUACGCUAACGAAUAAACUUAACUAACUGUUUCCAAAUCCAGAUAAAUGAAAUUCUCUUAUACGCAGUUUACUUUUCUUCGCGCGAUUAUGAUUUCAUGACGAAAUGUUUCAGUGCCGCGAAAAGAAAACCGUGAGCGACCAACGAAAUUUCUACGUGGAUCAUGAAUUCAACUAUGCAACCGUGAAACCUUAUUUUCAGUUCACCCGGAAGUACUAAGUGUAGAAAUGUGUUUCUCUUGAUCCUGGGAUGACUUCUGAGAUUAUUUAUCUGUGUAACGAUGAUUAUGCCGGAUCUGCUGGUUACCUGAAAACAAUCAAAUAAAUAUUUAUCAAAAUAAAAUUUUACCUCACUAAUAUCAAUAUUUAAGAUUACUUGUACAAUAAAACUUACUCAUCUAUAGUUCUAUGACUAGUUUUUGAUAGAAAUAUCAUUCUAAAUAUACAAGCAUACCAUUCCUGUAGAAAUAACAAGAUCAACGUUCACGAAUCAAAUAUUGGUUUGCUCACUGUUUGUAGAUUCAUUUUCUUAAAAAUAAAGAAUUAGAGAAUCCCCACAUUACUAUACGUUUUAUAUAUUAUAAUUUCAAAAAUAACACAUAAUCGAUGUCGAUCUCAGAACUGAUUCCAGAAUCGGCACAACAUGCACUCCCUUGCCACGAACCGAACAUCACUAGAGGAACCAAUAAACCAACGACAAAUCCCGGGUGAAUGUAGCGCAUCCAUCAAUCCAACGGAAGCUCGAGUCGCAAUUAUCGAGGUUGAUAAAGUACAACGUUGAGUCAUAUCAAAACCGAACGUACGAAAUCCUGAACCGCGUUCAUUACGUCGAUUCUCACCGAUCAGUCGAGAGAUGCGGUCGCUCUGUCUAUAUACAAAACAUAGGGGUAGGUCUCCAAUCGAAUCCUGUGUACCAAUCUUGAAACAACAAACGAAUAAGAUGAACAAUGUGAAUAAAAUAGAGAGAAAGGAGCAAAGAAACGAAGUUAAA